CAAGCGCACCUCCACUGCUCACACUGAAUAUGCCGGGACUGCUGCUCGGAGAUGUGUUUCCUGACUUCGAGGCAGAGGCCACCACCGGCACAAUUAAACUCCACGAGUUUCUCGGUGAUUCAUGGGGAAUCUUGUUCUCCCACCCCAGAGACUACACCCCCGUGUGCACCACCGAGCUGGGCCGGGCUGCCAGGCUGCACGGGGAGUUCAGCAAGCGUGGCGUCAAGAUGAUCGCACUGUCAGUCGACUGCCUGGAGGAUCAUCACAGCUGGGCCAAGGACAUCGUGGCGUACAACUGUGAGGAGUCGGCCUGCUGCUCGCUGCCCUUUCCCAUCAUAGCGGACAGUAAACGGGAGCUGGCAGUGGCCCUGGGCAUGCUGGACCCAGAUGCGAAGGACAAAGAUGGCAUGCCGCUAACUGCCCGCUGUGUGUUUAUCAUCGGCCCUGACAAAAGGCUGAAACUGUCGCUGCUCUAUCCUGCCACCACAGGACGCAACUUUGAUGAGAUCCUGAGGGUGGUGGAUUCGCUCCAGCUCACAGCAGGGAGAAGAGUGGCCACACCUGCCGACUGGAAGCUUGGAGAGUGUGUGAUGGUUCCUCCGAACAUGUCUGAGGAGGAGGCUGCUGCUUUGUUCCCAGAAGGCGUCUACACCAAAGACCUGCCCUCUGGCAAGAAGUACCUGCGCUACACACCACAGCCAUGAACACUGACUUCUGUCAAAUACACUCCGUCUUCACACCGCAGGUCCCCAACAUCAGCAGGCGGCCCAGCUGUGAGUUAAAGUAGAAGGAAUAAAAAUACAGUUGCAUUUUAGAGCAACUAGCUCCAGUAAUGACAUGGUUGAGAUGGGAACAUAUGUGUGUAUCACUCAAAGAAUAAAACAUAUAUAUUUUAUAACUAGAUUGGCAUUCAGUAGAGCGCAAACCACUCUCAAGGCCCAACAGUCCUCUCAAAUUUAAUCUGACUCCUUAAUGUACCUGAUUUCUAUUUUCAUCAACAUCCAUGAAUUAUUCUUUGGGGAAAUAAUAAAAAUGUAGAGAAACAGGCCUGAUCUUUUGUGUGGACUCACACCAAAACUUGAUGGAUUCUUC